AUGGUCGUCCUGGUAACCAGAUCCCUCCUCCCCACCUUGUUUUUCGCUUCUAGAGCUCCGUUCGCUGUCACCACCACUGCUUCUCGUGUUCAAAGAGGGUUUGCAACAAUGGCCGCUGAAGCAUUCAAAAAGCACGAAGUCGUUCCAGACGUGCUCGCGUCGAAUCCACCAUCGAAAGUCGUUUCGGUAAAGUUCAAUUCGGGAGUCGAGGCUAAUCUCGGAAACGUGCUCACCCCAACCCUGGUAAAGGACGCACCGGAAGUGAAGUGGGAUGCUGAACCAGGAGCACUAUACACUCUCAUCAAAACCGACCCAGAUGCUCCAUCCCGCAAAGAGCCAACCUACCGCGAGUGGCAUCACUGGCUUGUUGUCAAUAUUCCUGGAAACGACAUCUCAAAGGGAGACACUCUUUCCGAGUACGUCGGUGCAGGACCACCACCAAAUACCGGUCUUCAUCGUUACGUCUACCUCAUCUACAAGCAAUCCGGACGCAUCGAGGACGCCGAGCACGGUCAUUUGACGAACACUUCUGGAGACAAACGAGGAGGAUGGAAGGCUGCUGCCUUCGUCGAGAAACAUGGAUUGGGAACUCCAGUAUUCGGAAAUCUCUUCCAAGCCGAAUACGAUGACUACGUUCCAAUCCUCUACAAGCAACUCGGAGCCUAA